AUGGCUGAAGUAGCCGGGCUGGUUGUUGGUGCCGUAGGCAUAGCUGCAGCUUUCAAGGGAGCUGUCGAAACAGGAAUUUUUGUUAGAUCCCUUUUUGAGGCGGAAGCAGCAGAUUGCAGCGAUCUCGGCCUUUACUACCCCAUUGAAAAGCAGCGACUCCGGCUUUGGGGAAAGCAGUGCAAAGUCAACGACCCUUCUAGCUGUAUUCUUCGCGACAAGACAAGUGAUAUCAAGGAUCUCAUAAUCCAAACCCUCGGACGUAUUAAGAAGCUCAGUGAAGAAGCAGAUGAUCUGGUCGAGAAAUAUAAUAUCGGCACUCCCAAAGUCCCGGGGUGUAUAGGUGAUCUUAAUGACAAUUUGCGCCCCGACGGCCCUGUGGUUCAUGAUAUUGCAAAGCUCUCGAAGGAAACAAAGCCGAUGAAAAGGAUAAGCUGGGUUGUCUUCGCCAAGGAUAACUUCAAGGAGAAGAUCGAGGCAAUUCGCCUUCACAUCACGCACUUGCAUCAAAUCACCCUUGAAUAUAGAGAAACCGAGCUGCUUGAAAACAGCCCCCCAGGCCGCGUCCUACCAUAUGUCAACAAUCACGAUGACCUAAGGACAUUAAGUGGACUUGGCCCUAUUGCCCACCAGCCGCUGGCUAUCUCAGCGCUAGCUAAGUUGUACCACCAAAUAACAGGCGUAGACUUACAUGGCUCUGCAACCCGGCUUACAAAGAAUGAUUUGAAGCUCACUGCCGAUGGGACAUUGAUUAAAGUUCGGGUUGAAUGGGUGACUUUGAGGAUUGGUCUUGACGCUGACGCACAAAAAUAUGUCGACCGUAUGAACUCACUGGGAUAUGUCCUAGAGAAGGCUAGUGUGCCAGCGUUGAGACUUGGAUAUGUGUUCGGACUUCCUCCCGAUGAGUCUCGCGAUGGCUACGAUAUUUAUUAUGAAAGAGAUCUUUACACGUAUCCUCCAAUCCAGCUUAGUAGACUGAUAAAAGACCGGAAAACCAAAAUACCGCUGCUAGGAGAUCGCUUUCAACUCGCGUACGUCCUGACCUGUGCGUUCAGCUGUUUUCACGCUGCAGGAUGGAUACAUAAAGGACUCCACACUGGAAGCAUCUACUUCUUCAAGGAGUGUAACGGAGAAAUCGACGGUGAAAGUUCAUUGGCGUACACCCCUCUCGAAAGAAGAGAAGUAGAACAUUAUUAUCACCCCGACGCGCACAAUGGCUUCACUAAAAAGAAAGACCUGUAUAGUCUAGGGGUUGUUCUGUGUGAGAUCGGACGUUGGGCCUUACUGGCUGAGCAGAAGAAAAAGCCCAAUGGCCGAAGCGAAUGGCGAAAUUUGAUGCUGGGGAAGCCCCUUGCCGAUCUUGGGUGGAGGAUGGGGGGCAAGUAUCAUAGUGCUGUGAGGGAGUUGCUUGAGUGUAGGUUCCCAGACGACGAUGCUCCUCAUGAUUACUUUGCGGAGCAGUUCCUGGAGAAGGUUAUGAAACCACUGAGUAGUUGUAGUGCUUAA